AGGCUCAAGAUCAGAAUACCGGCAAACAUAUGGAACGCCUACCAGCCCUCAACCAAGACAAACCCAGCAAAGAAAUCACCACGGAAGCUGACCCUCAGAUUACGAUUUCCACCAGCACCUCCUCCGUCCAACAAGAUUCGCGAAGUCAAGGGCAGGAACCGCAAAGACCUAGGGAACAAUGCUACGUCCUGCAAGGUAAAGCUGUUCCGCUUCCAUCACGGUGGCCCACAUCGACAACGGAAGGGGAAGUGGCAGAAUAUGAUUACAUAUGAGCAGCCGUGUCUUCAUUUGACGUGUAUGAACUGCUGGAGGUGGCAUGCGCAUCUUCUC